UUUUCUUUGACGAUGCCAGUCCAAAUUGAUACUAUAAAUGAAGGAGAUGGUACCAAUUUUCCAAAAAAUGGACAAAAAGUUUCUUGCCAUUAUAUUCUGAAAUUAGAAAAUGGACAACAAAUUGAUUCUUCUCGUGAUCGUGGACGUCCUUUUGAGUUUACAAUUGGAAAAGGAGAAGUUAUUAAAGGAUGGGAUGAGGGUGUUGCUAAGAUGUCUAUUGGCCAACGUGCAAAACUUACAAUUAGCUCUGAUUUGGGUUAUGGAGAAAAAGGAAUUCCUGGAACGAUUCCACCAAAUUCAACUUUGGUUUUUGAUGUUGAAUUGCUUGCUGUCAAAUAA